AUGAAUUUUUCACCGGUGGUUGUGGGUGGCGAAAGGGUGGAAUAUCCUUUGGAAUGGAUGUAUGGAGAGUUGAUGGUUUCGGCUGAAAGUGUGUUUCAAUUAGUGCGGGGGAUAAAGGAUCCGGAACAUGAUUAUAGUUUAGAAGAAUUACGGGUGGUUGAGUUGGAAAGAGUAGUAGUUGAUGGUUUAGAGGUGAAAAUUGGGAUUGUACCAACUAUUCCUCAUUGUUCAAUGGUUGGUUUGAUUGGAUUAAGUAUUCUCUUUAAGUUAAGUCGGAUUCUUAACAGUCGGUACUUAGUGAAAGUUCAGAUAGAACCGGGUACACAUAUGCUAGAAGAAGAAGUUAAUAAGCAGUUAUUGGAUAUAGAAAGGACUUUCUCAGCCUUUAUUAAUCCGGCUAUUCAAGCGACUUUAUUAGAGUUAAUUAGUGCGAGUUAA